GGGACACCGCAAGGCUUAUCCAGUCGUCCUGUCGAACCCAUUUGUACGGGCGCAGUGACAUUGCAGAGAGUUCAGCGUUGAGUUAAUGGCGGAGAUCAAGAAAUUUAAGACAAUCGGAGUGGUGGGCAGCGGCCAAAUGGGCUCAGGAAUAGCCCAACUAGCCGCCACGUAUGGCUUCGACGUUUGGCUCCUUGACACCGACCCGGAGGCUCUCUCAAGAGCCACCAAGUCCAUCUCUAGCUCCAUCCAGCGCCUAGUUUCCAAAGGGCAGCUCAGCCAGGAUGUAAGAAAAGAUGCUUUAGAGCGUCUACAAUAUACGUCAAAUGUUGAAAAUUUUUGUUCGGCAGAUAUUAUUAUUGAAGCUAUUGUGGAAUCUGAAGAUGUGAAGAAAAAGUUAUUUCUUCAACUAGAUAAGAUUGCAAAACGUUCGGCCAUACUGGCUUCUAAUACAAGUUCCAUCUCCAUUACUCGUCUUGCAUCAGCAACUAGCAGACCACACCAGGUGAUUGGCAUGCAUUUUAUGAAUCCUCCUCCUAUAAUGAAGCUUGUUGAGAUUGUGCGAGGAGCAGACACAUCAGAUGAGACAUUUGAUAUCACAAAAGCCUUGGCAGAGAGGUUUGGCAAGACCGUAAUAUGCUCUCGAGAUUAUGCCGGGUUUGUUGUGAACAGGAUCCUAAUGCCGAUGAUAAAUGAAGCAUUUUAUGCACUUUACACAGGUGUGGCGACCAAAGAAGACAUUGAUGCAGGAAUGAAGCUGGGAACAAAUCAUCCAAUGGGUCCUCUUGAGCUUGCAGAUUUUAUUGGAUUGGAUAUCUGCUUGUCUAUUCUGAGAGUUCUUCAUGCUGGCCUUGGGGACAAUAAAUACGCUCCGUGCCCCAUUCUUGUACAGUACGUUGAUGCAGGUCGCCUUGGAAGAAAACGAGGUAUUGGGGUAUACGACUACCGUCAAACGCCUGAAUCAGUAAAACCUUCAUCUAAACUUUGAACCUGUGGCGUUUCGAGGAUAGCUUACUGCGGAAAGAGAUCCUUUCCGGAUCUCUUCCACCAAGGCCACCGAAUCAAGUGAUCCGGACCUUCCAAAUUUCAUCUAACGUCCCACCUGUUUUGACCCCUUAAAAGUUGUGAUAAUAUUUGGCCGUUGGAUGAAAUUUGGUGGAAGAGAUCCGUUACUGCCAUCAUCUAUAAAGUGGUUGUGGAUUGUUUUACAAUUUUCUAAUAAUGAUUGAAAAGUAGUACCUUCUUUUUCCAAUCAAAACGUAAACCACAUGUAAUUCCCUGGAUUACUGCAUUUUGCUUCUCGUUUGUUUUAGUUGUUUUGAACUUUUUAUGAA